ACUUUCCUCACCCGCUGGGCUUCCGAGGGCAAUUUAUUUUUAGGAGGGGGAGAAGGCGGAUGGCGCUACAUAAGACACGGCGGUUGUCCUGAAGCAUGAUACGAUAUGCUUCAACUACUGCGUUCGCGUGGGCUUCUGAAGACCGUCGAUCCGACCCCAAGGGACGAGCAGGAUUCGCUCGGCAAUCCCCUCGAGGGCGGUUGUGUCCGUCCUGACAUGGCGAAGAUUUGGAAGAGUGUUUCCGGUAUGCUGUUCAUUUCGCAUAUCGUUAAAGGGUCUUCGGUUGCAGGUUCGGAAAAUUCGGCAAGCAGCAACGACGAUUCGGAUUGGUGUCCGAAUGGAGCGAGGAGCUCGUCACGAGACGACAAGCUCGCGGAUAUCCCCAGGCGAAAUGGAGUUCGUCAGGAGCACGUGUAGCAGACGUGGCUGCAUGGUGAAGUGUAGCUGAUGUCAACGGCUCGGCGUUUCCGGCAGGCGACACGCAGGUGAAGACGGGACUUCGGAACUGUUCAGCAAACGCGGCGUUGGAGUUUUCGGCACGACCAAGGAUCGCACGGCAGCACACGUGGGGCUCAGGCACGGAAAGUUUCGGGGAGUACUGACCUCGAAAUUUAUUCGCGUGACCUGCCCACCUGGAGGUGUAAUUCGUCUGCCCUGGAGUUUCGAGCUCGGCGAGUCUGGAUUCCCGCAGAGGAAGCCAUUUUCGUGGUCAGAAAUUAUGCCCCACGAUCUACGGAAGACGACCAGCAACCACCCUCGGAUCGAGUUUAAGUGUCAUUCGCCGGGUCACCGCUAAAAGUCAACGACGAAGAGCUGAAGCAGAGAAGGAGAACGACUGGGAACAGCCGGGAAAUUUGAAGGAGUCAGCGGCAAACGGAUCCUCCCGACUAACUUGGCUGGUUCGCCCGAUUUUCAGCAUCUCCACCGGGUGGUAGUAAGCUACAUGCUAUCGACCGCUCCUGGACGAAUAAAGGAGGAUGAGCUUGCGGAACACCCUGUGCUGGUGGAUCGAUCAAGAAAACUUUUCGGCGCUACACGACAGGUGCACGAUUGGUGAAAAUCGGACGCUCUACAGUGGGAGGCGCUAGAAGCAGAUUAACGAAAAUAACGAUGCUGUUUUGCGACAACGAUCGGACGGUACGCGGAGCUCGAGUCCGAUACGAACGGCGAGGAUGUGUCGCUGAGAACGACGGAACUGCGAGUUUUUCGAAUGAACGUGCGCGGUACUGUUUUGGAGGAUGGCGAACGUGGGCGCUGAGUGAACAGCGGCCUACGGGGGUUUUUUAUCGUGGAAGCAGCAGCUGAAGAAAAUUGCAGCAGUUUGGAGCAGAUUGUUGCAGAAAUGGAAUUUUUCAGGGAGGGGAAGGAGAAUCCCUCACGUAAGCUGCAAAGCGGUUGCUCGCGAAUUAGACUGAUUAAUUCGCCCAACUACGAUAGCGUUUGCGCUUACCUGAGUACGGACAUACGGCGGAGUCACCCCUGCUCUGGAGUGUAUUCAUCAAAUGGAGCUUCAGGAAGACAAGGGUUACUGUUGCAGUGGGAAAAACAUGUUGCCGUCACGGAAAAUUUGGAGUCACGCGGGAGUCUUCUAGGAUUAUUCCUGGGCUGCGGGGCUAUAAUCGAGGACUUGGCUGCGAGGACUGAUUCGGGGAUUUACCUGGACGGGCGCAAAGAUGGGUGAACGUCGGCGCGUCGCUAAACGUCGGGUAUUUGCCGGUUGGGAAUUCUUCAAGUUUUUGGCUGGAGCGGUACUUGGGGUCACGGGUACCUACCGAGCUAUGCAAAGGUUUAAAUACCAGCAUGGUUAGUCGGUGAAACUGCAGAGAAUGCGUUUUUCGAAGCUGAUAACUGUACCCAAGUUUUUAUGGGGUACCUGCCGUCGCCGCGCGAUGGGUGAACUUCUGCACGGUGAACCGGUCAGGAGGAGUUUCGGAGUUUAACAACACGAAGCAGAUCGACGGCAUUCUGCGGAGCAGAAUAUCGAUCUACGGUGUCGGCGGGAGCUAGAGUCUUCGUGGCGCAGCUGCCCUGUGUUAUAGGGUCGCGCUGAGACUGGUCCCGAUGAGCAAGGUUGAAGAUACUUCAUUGUUUCAGGUCUGAAGAACCUUGAAGCAGGGUAUUUUCGGCUUCAACGAGAGAAGAUUUUCUUCUCAUGGAGGGGGGAGAGAGCAGCUGCGCAGCAGUUGUUUUUUGGAUUUUCCCUCCACAAGUUUUGACAUCCGCUGCAUGAGCAUCGACUGACAGAUGCUGUUCGGCCGACUGAAUCGACGGACAGAUUCGAGUUGGCAUUUCGGGAAUUUCGCAGGAGUUUGCGAAAGUUUAGGGCGCGUUUAUAUUGAUCGCCUGAAGCGACAUCGACCACGGUUACUGGAUGGGUUGAGUUUUCGUCCUUGUGCUGAUGGACUUCGCUGACUUUCGUGAGACGCGGACGCGUGUUCUUGCAUGUGUCGCGAAUGACCUCGCAAUUGACGAAAAGCUGGAGUUCGUUGACUUUGCGAGAUACGGACGCGUGUUUCCGCGAGUAUCACCACUCACGUGGAAUUAAACGAGGAGCGAUCUACAGUUACGGAGCUACGGACAAGUUUGGCGCAGGCAGAGGAUUCGGCUCGCCAACUUGCAGCAGUGUGAAUAAUCGUGGUGUUACUGUGCGGAUACAGUACACGACGGUUGGGUUUGUAAUUCUCGGCGAAGGAUUCGCUGGAGACAAGGAAGCUGUGGUGCGGUAGUAUCCCUACUGCCCGUUUGGUUAUCUGGGUAAUUCGACCCAACUUCGACGGCUACGAUCGACCGCGAUCGUUUCGACACGUUUCGACCGUUGGAUGGAGUUUCCGUGAAGAAGCUCGAGAUUCUCAACAGUGGUGGCUUCGCUACUACGAGAUUCAGAUAGAGUGUGUGUAGUUAUAUUUAUUUGUGUGCUUAUCUAGAAGGGGGGAGAGUGUAAGGAAUGCGUAAUUCCUUACUGAGGCGUGCUACAAGGCGUACGACUCGAACAGUCCCGAACCAUCGCCAGGGUUCCAGACCUUCCAGUUCGAGCCUCCUGGGCCUUUCUGGACCUCGAUACGACACAUCGAGGCCCUUCGAUACCUUUCCCGAACCUUCCGAUCCUACACACCUCUAAAUGCUUGCAGAAAAGUCGGUGCUGAGGGCAGGGUGGAUGGAGAGAGUUGGUCCAGAGGUGCCAGCGAGUACGCGAUAGAGAAUGGCUUCGAGAAGCAAUUGACGGAAUGAUUCAACCUAAC